AUGGAAUACCUCCGUUGGGUGUUGAGAACGGUACUAGCGUUCAGCACACCUUGGAGAGUGUAUGCUCUAAACGUAUCCGCUCUCAAGGAACCCAUGCCACCCGAUCAUGAAAAUGACAGCGCUGUUGUCGCCAGCGAAACCGUUUCAGACACUCCCGCCCAACGAAAACGAAUCAUUAACCUCCCGACUGAAAUCUUGCUCCUCGUCUUCGAAGCAAUGGACAGCCCUGACCUAUACACCACCGCGUUCCUCUCAAGGAACUUCCACCACCUAGCACUUCCCAUGUACCUCGCUCGUUACGGGAUCAGCGCGUCUGCCGAGGCCAACCUCAUCCUGUUCAACGAUUGGUCCCCAGAAGCGUUGAGGGCCGUGCACGCGGCUCUGUUCUUGCCCUCCGUAAACCGUUUGAAGUGUGUGUUUGAUUUCUACAAGCCCUAUGAUCAAGUCCGCAGAGAGGUGCACGCGUUCAGGCGGUUCCUGGGCAAGUUGGCGUCGGUACGCGAAAUUCAUAUCGAGAUUGUCCGGUAUGGUAUGAAGGGUGGGGCGAACGCCCCGUUUGCUUCGAACGACGAGCCUGUGGGGCUGACUGAGGAAUGGGGGAGGGAGCUUGUGCAGAUGUUGGACAGUGUGGUUGGGAGUGGAUGUGCGGAGUUGUCGCUCUCCCUGGCUGGACGAUGUGAUCCCCCCGCACAAGAGUUGGAGAGACUCCUUCUUGGGGAGUUUUAUGGCUUCUAUGGGAUGUUGAAACACCCGACUUUUAGAGGCUUUGCGGCGGGUUUCGGGCGCGCAUGCGUUCGUGCCAGGUCGUUGGUAGGUGUUGGCCAACCGAACCAGAGCCAAAAACGCGGGUUAGAGACGCUGGACCUUCACUCGUCCAUGUUCUUCCACCCGCUCCUCCUUCGCUGGAUGAUGUCCACUUUGAACUCGAUGUCGAUCACUUCUCUAUCGUUGCGCCAAUUAGACCAUAUUAGCCCCCAGAAUUGGGCCCUCCUCCUUCCUUGCAUCACAUUACCCAGUCUGUCAAAACUCUCCGUCAACCUCUGUUACAUCCAGACUCACGUCCUAUACCACUUUCUCUAUCGCCAUCCACAUAUUCAAGAUCUUACCCUUGGCCGGAGUUGCGUGGGUCCGGGCCGUGUUGUAUUGCGUACCGGCAUCCUUGGAGAAUUAGAGCAUCUCUCGGCACCUCCAAGCUAUCUGGUGGCUCUUCUCACUCCACCAGGCUCAUUGCCCGCCCUCAAAACUGUCUGCAUCCGUUGGCAUGUCCGCAACGAACGCGUAUUCGAGGCUUCAGCAGUCGAUAAAAUCCUGCUUCCUAUAUCUCAGCGUCUUCGACAAUUGGACGACCUUCGCUUCCUGCUUUCCUUUGAAUCUCUGAACGUCAGCAGCUGGUUUCAACCUAGCGGUCUUGACAUUUCCCCAUUGCAGUACAUAUCGCACUUGGAACUCAAAAUCCACGUGUACUCGUUACCUCUGAAUACGAUGACUGGGCUGGCGAGGUGGCUUGUGGGAUUCUCGAGGUUGAGGUGUUUGGAGCUUACGACGGUGGGCCAGGAUGGAUUGGAGGUGGAGGAGAGGGUGUUGUUUUUCGAGGCGAUUGGGAAGUGGUGUCCUAGUGUAGAGGUCGUUCAGAUUAAUAAGGACGUUUUUACUGCGCCCUUUUGA